CUUCGAAAAUGCGUGCCUUUUUGGGUAUACUAGUUGGCCUCGCUUCCGCCACUCUUACAACAGGGCUCAACAUCCCUCGCGAUGACCCAAAUGGAACAUUUCCCAACCCGCAUCAACCUCAUAUCAUAUCAACAUGCACCUCCUUCUACAAAGUCCAGACCGGCGAUAACUGCUGGGCCCUCACAGUUAAGUUCGGAAAUUUCACCUUAGAUGACUUCUACUUCUGGAACCCGGACGUCCCAACGCCCAAGAUGGACUGCUCCAACCUCCUGCUGAACUACUACGUCUGCAUCAGUAAUACUACGACUCCCACAUGUGGUGGGACCCCAGUUGCGACGCCGGCGCUUGUACAGCCGGGAAUAUAUUAUUGCUGUACGCGUAAAUUCUACGAGGUGGUCGAAGGUGACACUUGUGUGGCAGUAGAGAAGAAGUUUGACCUCAGUGAUAAUAUUUUCCGGCGUUUAAAUACUGGAAUCGAUGCAAAUUGUUACAACUUGAUGCUAGGGUAUAAUGUGUGUGUUGGGAUAAGUUGA